GACUAGCUUACGUUCACCAGUGAUUGAGAGGCUUCCAACAUUUGUGGUUGUGGUUACGUUUCCUCUGCUAUUUAUAGCUGCCUGUCUUGCACGGUGAUUCGAACGUUGGCGUUGCUUCGGUUUCGUCGCUGGUCCUUUGUUGGAUUUCCAUUGAAGGUUUCGUGAAUAAUUUUGGGAUCUAGGGUUUCCGGUUCUUCAACAAGGAAUUAACAUUUUUUUGGGGAACUUCUGACGUGUGAAUGAUUUAAUGGAGUCAAAGGGUGGUAAGAAGAAGUCCAGUAGUAAUUCCUUACAAUACGAAGCUCCACUCGGCUACAGCAUUGAAGACGUUCGUCCUCACGGCGGAGUGAAGAAGUUCCAAUCUGCUGCUUACUCAAACUGCGCUCGGAAACCAUCCUGAUAGCAAUUGGUUGUUCGCUUGAGUAGUGUAGGAUUUCCCUUGCUUUGCUUUUGAUUCUUCUGGUUUGCAGCUCACCAAUAACCUGAACCAUACUCUUUCAACCUCUCCUCUGAUCUCCUGCUCUCUCCUCUUUCAUCCUCUGCUUCUACAUCAAGGCAGGCAUGAUGGCCUGCUCCCCAAUUGGGUUCGAGGGCUAUGAGAAACGUCUUGAGAUAACCUUCUUGGAAGCCCCUUUGUUUGUUGAUCCUCACGGGCUUGGCCUUCGCGCCCUCACUCGCCCUCAGAUUGACUCCAUCUUGGAGCCUGCAAAGUGCACCAUUGUUUCACAGCUUUCCAACAAGGACUUUGACUCUUAUGUUCUGUCUGAAUCUAGCCUAUUUGUGUACCCAUGCAAGAUAAUUCUAAAAACCUGUGGGACUACAAGGCUCCUUCUUUCAAUUCCUGUGAUUCUCGAUCUUGCUGCUGAGCUUUCGCUCUCUGUUGCAGCAGUAAAGUACUCAAGAGGAAGCUUCAUAUUUCCUGGCGCCCAGCCUGCUCCUCACCGCAGCUUCUCUGAGGAGGUUGCUGUUCUUAACAAGUUCUUUGGCUGCCUUGCUUCUGGCGGGAAUGCAUAUGUUAUUGGCAACCCUCAAGUGCCUAACCACAACUGGCAUGUCUAUUAUGCCACUGAGAAGCCUGAGCAGCCAAUGGUGACCCUUGAAGCUUGCAUGACUGGAUUGAACAGCGAGAAGGCUGCCAUUUUCUUCAAGAAUUCUGCUCUUGGAAAUGUCUCCUCUGCCAAGCAGAUGACUGAAAGCUCUGGGAUUUGUGAUAUCAUUCCUGAAAUGCAAAUUUGUGAUUUUGAAUUUGACCCCUGCGGGUACUCGAUGAAUGGCAUCAACAGAAAAGCCUUUUCUACCAUCCAUGUUACACCUGAGGAUGGGUUUAGCUAUGCAAGCUAUGAAGCCAUGGGGUUUGAACCAAGCACAAUCAGCUAUAAAAAUCUCAUUAAAAGGGUGCUUAGGUGCUUUGAACCUGUGAAUUUCUCUGUGGCCGUCACCAUCUUUGGUGGACGACCCUUUGCCCGUUCUUACGGCCAAAAGGUUUAUGUUGAUGGGUACAACUGCAAGGAUAUUGUGCAACAGGAGCUCCCAGGAGGAGGACUUCUCCUGUAUCAGAGUUUUGAGCUUUCGACUGAUGGUGCAGUUUCUCCGAGAUCCAUCCUCCACUGCUGGGAGGCCGAGGGUGAGGAGGAGAAGAGUCUGAAGAACAAGGAGAUGUUGUUCUGAGUUUAUGGUGGUGUUGGUGCUAGACUAUAUUGGUGUUUCUGUUUUGUUUUUAGUAAUUGGAAACUGUCUUCCAAAGUGUCUUCUACUGUUGUGUUGUGUGUGCCUUUGCACUGUCUUUUUUAUUAAUAUUUGCAUUUGAAUAAUUAGCUCAGUGUGGCAAUGGGCUUGUCCUAUUUGCCUUCAUUGAGCAGAGUUGCUCUUUGCUUAUUAAUGAUAUCUUUGUUACAUGUUCGUUCUUUAUUUAAUGAAUUUGUUCAACUUAGUGGUA